CAGGGCUUGGUACCAAGACAUGAAAAAACAUGAAUUUGGCUAAGUAUGGAGCCAAAGGGGUAUCAAGCCGACAAGACAUGCUUGAUACCAAAAGGCAUGAAUUUGGCUAAGUAUGGUGCCAACAGGGCAUCAAGCCAACAAGGCAGGGCUUUGUACCAUUACCUGGAAUUUGGCUAAGUAUGGAGCCAAAGGGGUAUCAAGCCGACAAGGCACGCUUGAUACCAAAAGACAUGAAAAAUGGCUAGUAUAGAGCCAAGAAAGUAUCAAGCCGGCAAUGCGUGGCUUAGUACCAAGACAUGAAAAAACAUGAAUUUGGCUAAAUAUGGAGCCAAAGGGGUAUCAAGCCAACAAGGCAUGCUUGAUACCAAAAGACAUGAAAAUUGGCUAAGUAUGGAAUCUCAUGGCCGGGGGAGCCUACCACCCAUAGCAAGAGGGUACCAAGCCUUGAAAAGCAUGAAUUUGGCUAAGUAUCGAGCUAAGGGGGUACCAGGUCGGCAAGGCAGCCUCGGUACCAAGACCCCUACACGGUACCAAGUCGGCAAGACAGGCUUAGUAUCCAAGCAAGGCGACAGGGAACCAUGAUCCCAAGGGGGUAUCAAGCCGGCAAGACUGACUUGGUGGUUAGGCUUGAUAGCCAGACAUCAGGGUAUCAAGCCAACAAGACAAGAAAUUUGACUAAGGCAAGGCCUUGGGCUUGGUGGCCCCCUAACGGGGUAUCAAGCCGGCAGGGUGCAAGGUACCAACUUGAUAAGAUUAAAAAAGCUAAGUAUGGAGACCAAGCCGACAUUGCUGGCUUGGAGCAAGGGUAUCAAGCCGACAAGAUUGGCUUGAUACCAAGAUGACAGGUUGGUGCAAUGACAGUCUCUCUAAGACUAAGUGUGGAGACUUGGGGGUAAAGGGGUCAAGUUCUCAUCCUGUCUAGGUGAGUAAUAUGGCCUAGCGAUUCGUCGAGGUGGCUAGCAAGAUGAGGAGCGUGGAGUCGUCAGGGUUGUCAAGGAUGUGAUCAAGACUUCAUCAUAGAGGAUAAGGCAAAAAGGCUCAACACCUACCUGGUCCGGCAUCGAGAUCAAGGUAGGACAAGGGGCCCCAAGGCGACGGUUACCAACUAGUCACCGAGGUGGUGACAAGGGACCCCGAGGCGGUUUGGAGCAAGAGGCCAGCCAGCAGUUACUACGGCAAUUACCAAGGCAGUUACACCCGGUGGCUAUAAAUAGGAGAAACGAAU